AUGCAUUCUUCAUCUUCACCUGUUUUUCCCACUCUUAUGGAAAGCGCGUACAUGAAACCCUCGGAUUCUUUUCAUCGUUCGCUUGUUGGUGGUUUGACUGCAAAUCCUGCAUUGCUGCAAGCUACACCAUCAAAUCCGAUCAGAAGUGAUAGACAGGCGUUUUCGGCUUCGCCCGCUGCUGAAUGUCCUGACGGCGUCCCCUUUUCUUCUGAUACACAGCAUGAUAAGCAAUAUCAAGAUUCUCCCUUCACUUCUCAGACGUUAGGUGACGAUGUGUCUUCGGAAAUCCACUCAACAACAUUCACUUCUCAUCCUCAAGAAAAUGAUGAUAUUUCAUGGGGACCAGAUCCGAUGCAGGAUAUUGUUUGUUUUCCUGAAAUUUUUUCUGUCCAGCAUGAUCAGGUGGAAAACAGUGCUUCUUACAUGAACGAUGGCAAUGUCAAAAAAUCUGAUUUCGGGGAGUGGGUUGACCAGCUAAUGACAAUUGAUGAUACUCCUCAUCCAAAUUGGAGUCAGCUUCUUGGUGAUGACAAUGUUGCUGAACCAACGCCGAAGGCAACACAGGUUUCUCUGAAGCAGCAUAUACCGGCUAUAGAAGUUAAUGAUCUUUGUAAUUCAGCUUCAGCAUCGACUGCACCUCAAACUAAGCCUAGAAUGCGAUGGAGUCCAGAACUUCACGAGGCUUUUGUGGAAGCAGUCAGCCAGCUUGGUGGUAGUGACAAGGCCACUCCGAAAGGUGUCUUGAAUCUGAUGAACGUUGACGGCCUUACUAUCUACCAUGUAAAAAGCCACCUGCAGAAGUAUAGAACUGCCCGAUACAAACCUGAGUCGCCAGAAGAAACUUCUGAGAAAAAGAUGAGUACAAUCGAAGAAAUGAAAUCUCUAGACUUGAAAACGAGUAAGGGCAUCACCGAAGCAUUGCGGUUGCAGAUGGACCUCCAGAAACGGCUUCACGAACAGCUUGAGAUUCAAAGAAAGUUGCAGAUUCAAAUUGAAAACCAAGGGAAACAUCUUCAGAUGAUGUUUGAGAAACAGAAACAGAUAGGUGGCAGCAAGGGCUCGUCCCCUUCUAACGCGCCUUCUGCUGCACUCUUGGACACUGGGGUAACCUCUCCUGUAGACAAAUUGAAAACGUCUGGAAAAUUAAAAUGCAACACCAAAGAAAGUUCUGAGGAUGCAACACAUGAAGCCGAAGUUACCGAUGAACAUGAGAAUACAGAUGAUCAGUUUUCUGCCGUACCCCCAACAAAACGGGCGAAGAUUCAAUGA